AUGGAACCAGACCUAGAGUUCAACACUUCUGCUUGGCCCCACCCCACCGUCAAUGCCUCUUGUGAGCCAGCCCAGGUUGGGGCGUGGCAGCACCGCCUCCUUCACCUGGUUCUGGUCAUCAUGAUAACCACCUCGCUGAGCAUCGUCACCUUGCUGGGGAACUCGCUGGUGCUCUUGUCCGUCAAAGUCAACCACCGCCUGCGGACCGUCAACAAUUACUUCCUGCUGAGCCUGGCGGUGGCUGACCUACUGGUGGGCGUGGUCUCCAUGAACGUGUAUGUGCUGUACGCAGCAUGCGGCUACUGGCCCCUUGGGGUCACACUCUGCGACCUGUGGCUGGUGGUCGACCACGGCGUGAGUGCAGCAGCUGUCUUGAACCUGCUCAUCAUCAGUUUGGACCGCUUUUUAUGUCUGACCCAUCCGCUCAGCUACCCAGCUCGGCGGACAGGUAAGAUGGCUGUCCUGAUGAUUGCAGCCGCUUGGCUGCUGUCCUUUGCCCUGUGGACGCCCGCCAUCUUGUGCUGGCAGACGUCCGGAGGCGAACGCCUUGUCCCUGAAGAUGAAUGUUACCCUCGUCUGCUUGCCAGCCCAGUCAUCACCCUUGGCACCACCCUACCUGCCUUCUUUCUGCCCGCCCUCGCCAUGGUGGGCCUCUAUGGGCACCUGUCUGCCGCCAGCUGUCGUCGCCUCAGUGCACUCCGCCGCCCACAAGAGGGUGAUGUCAGUAUGUCCACCACGUCCCCGCAGCACUUUCUCUCAAAAUGUCGAGGCAAGCCCACCGGUGACCUCUUGUCAGAAUCUCAGCACCAGUGGUGGUCCAACGAUUUCAAACUCAGGACACACAAAGCGGCGUCCACAGGAAGUGACAUGUCAGAGAGGACCGGCGUCUCUCCGCGACCAUCCAGCAAAGACGGCGACUCCACUUGUUCCCAACAGCGCAGGGCAAUCUCCUCCUCGACGCGUCGCAGGAUCGUGGUCCGGGAGAGAAGAGUCACGUGGACCAUCCUGACCAUCCUGCUGACCUUCAUCAUCACCCGAGCGCCGCAUAACGCCAUGGCGUUAGUGGCCGCCUUCUGCCAUGUGCGCAUCCCACACUUCCUGUGGCAGGCAGGACGCUGGAUGGCCUACCUCAACAGUGCCCUUGACCCAGCCUGCUAUGCCCUCUGCAGCGCCACCUUUAGGACCACUUUCGGUAACCUGCUGCGGUGCCGCCGCCACCGAGCACCGUGA